AUGGAAUACAUGCAAUCAUUUCAGAAUCCGGUUUCCGGUUCUCCUCGAAGAUAUUCAAUACCAGAUACUGACAUGCACAGAACAUUUGUACAGGUAAAAUGUGAUUUAAAAGUAAUUUAUUUAUUAUUGUUAUACAUGAAGGUCUGCCUUUGCUUUAUACACGACCCAUUAAUCCGCUUAUAAAUUUCAGAAGCCAAAGACCCCAAAGUGUUCUCCAAUCCCCUGUACCAGCAUCCACAUAGCAAUGACCUCCCACACAAUGCCUCCAUUGGAUUGUCUACUCCAGAUGCAAACACUAAAGUCUCCCCAAUAGAACUUUUACCAAACAAGAAGCGAGCGAGAGAUGGGGGGCCAGCACCUAAAAUCACUAAACAGGGAAGGAAGAAAGAGCAUUCAGAACACAGGUACUGGACUAAUGCACGCACUGCAUGGACUAACCACAGUUCUAUUUUUGUGGCCUUAAAAACCUGUUGACUAUAGUAUGAUUACAAAAAUUAAUGUUACCUGCACUGACGAUAUUAUAUGAGCUGAUUGAUAUGGAGUCCUUUGGGUUAGGAUUAUCUACACAGAUAUUAUAGAAGCUUGUUGUAGUACAGUUACUAACCCUGGGGUUGGAAUUAACUCCUCCUAUAACAUUCUAGGAGUUCAUUGGAGUACAGGUACUAACCCUGGGGCUGCAAUUAACUCAUAAUAUGAUAUUCUAGGGGUUGAUAUGAGUACAGUUACUAACCUUUGGAUUGGAAUUAAUUCCUCUUAUGAUAUUCUAGGAGUUGAUUGGAGUACAGGUACUAACACUGGGGUUGGGAGUUACCUACAUAGAUAAUAUGGGUACUCAACAUUGGGAUUGAGUUACCAUGAUCUUGCCUCAUUUAUUAAAGGAUUACGUUGAUAUACAAAGUAGUAGAAAAAGGAACUGAAAGCUGUAUUUUUCUUCAUGGUUUUAGCAUGCUUGGGAGAUUGCUGAAGGAUUCCAGUAGCUGGAAGAGAACAGAGUCAAAGUUUGUGCAGACACGUGAGUACCUGCUUGUCUUUGGGACGGCACAAGGGACCCCAGGAUAUUAAAUGUAGAUGUGGUAACUUGGACAGAGCCAAAUCAACCGUGCAGUCUGCUCUGUAUGAUGUGUCUUAAGUGGAUGUCUUAUUUCCUUCUAGAGCCACUCUACCAGGAUUAUUGGAUGCAAUGUACAAAGGAUGGCACGCUUUCGGUGGAAUCUUCAAUCACUUUUAAUGGCAUUUUAUCUUCCUCUUUUCUUGGGGGGUCUUCCGGCACCCUUAGCCCCCAUGACUACACAACUUCUUUAUGGCAAGAGCUCCCUGAGGUGAAGGAACAUGGAAUCGCAGAUGGAAUCAAUGUUCAUCAGCUCCAGCUUCAAGAGGUAUCAAGGUUUAGGGCCGAGCCCAGGCCUUUCUGUUCACAGCCGAGCACUAUGAAACAGUAAGUGGGCAGUCUGUUGUUCACUUGUAUAAGCUUUUUUUUUUUUUUUUUUUUUUAACUGAAGGCUAUUUUUGAGGUAGUGACAUCUGAAGCCUCAUAUCAGCGCAGUCUCACGGUUGCCAUUUGCCAUUUUCAAAAUUCACGCAAGCUUUCUGAGUGUCUGGUGAGCACAGAAAAACACACACUAUUCUCUAACCUUCCUGGAGUCCGAGUGGUCAGUGAGAGGUGGGUAUCAUGAGAAUUCCAUCCCACAUAAAGCUGGUAACAAGUUACUUUUAUCACUAUAUAUGGCUCUCUAAAUAAAUCCAAGAGAUGCUGGGUUUUUUAAAGUAUGCAAAUGUUGAGUAGGGCUUUUUUGUUUUUGUUUUUUUCUAUUGGUUUCUGUGUUUUGUAGGUAUGUAAUUUGGAGAUUUCUAAUUCUCUGUUCCACAGACAGAGAGUAAAAGUUUUAGACUGUCUUCCCAUCCUGGCCUGCAUCUCGAAGUUUGAUUAGCUGUCUCUGCUUUAAAGUAUCUCUUCAUUUCACCAAGAUAUCCUCAACCAUGUCUGCAGGUUCCUAUUGGAUCUAGAGGAUGGCCUGGAGAAAGAUGUAUUUCUACAUGAGAUUGGAAACCUGGUUUUACAGCACUGUCCAGACUUUCACCGGGUCUAUGUGCCAUAUGUCACCAACCAGAUGUACCAGGAUAGGCUGAUUAAACAGCUUGUGUAAGAUGUAAUUUUUUUAUUUUAAUUUUAAACUGCUCUCUAUAUUUAUAUCUAACAGACAUUCCUCAUGUAACAUGCCUUUUCGCUUCCUUUACAAAACAAGCCAAGAGAACAGGAAGUUUCUUCAAGUUCUUCAGAAGCUUGAAGAGCAAUCUGUAUGCAAGAGGCAGCCCUUGAAAUCCUUCCUUGUUCUUCCCUUCCAGAGAAUAACCCGUCUGAGAAUCCUGCUUGAGGUGAGGAACACUGGCUAUGUUGGAAUCUUGGAAUCUCCAGUAAAAAAGCCUGGAGUGGUUUCCAAUUUUGGGUGCCAAUGGCUGGUAGCCAGGAGUGGGUACCUAGGUCACGGUAUACUGAAUAAUAAUUUUUUGACUUCUCCCACAGAAUAUCCUAAAGUUGGCACAUGACAGCCCUGAAUUGGCCAGUUCAGUGGGGAAAGCUUUAGCCACUGUUGGCCAGGUAUGCAAAAUGGUCUUCUGAUUGCUCUCUCCUUUAUACUUAUGAUGCUGCUUGAGCAAAUAUUUCAAGAUAUAUCCCUGCCUGCACUUGACUAACCUCCAUCUCAGAAUCAAAUGUCAUUAAAUGAGGAACAGUUCAUUCGUUCACAAGUUUCUUAUUUAGAUAUAUUCAUUUGCGACAAGGAUACACAAAUAUCAAUUGGUUUUUACCAUUAUAGUUUAUUUUACUCCUUGCACCUGGGGAUGCUAAAAGUGACGCUUAUUACUGUUUUUUUUUUUGUUUUUUUUCCAUUAGAUUGUGUCUGGAUGCAAUGAGGGUGUGAGGAGUAUGAUUCAGACAGAGGAGCUGGUGUUGCUGGAGAAGAGGGUGGAUUUUGUAAAUCUCAAGGUGAGUCCCGAACAUGGCUUCUUUACACUUCUCUUGAUAAUCUGACCUUGAAGCCAGAUCUGGUCAAAGGUAAUUGGACACACAGUGACAGAUUUAUUUUAUUUGCCAAUCGAAGACACGGAAUUAAUUUUAACAUUUACUCUAAGGCCUAAGUCAAAGUUCUUAGUGUCAUCUGUUCAAAUCUGAGUAGAUCAGAUAGGUAAGAAAUCGAAACCUUUAGCCACAGAAACUUUGUAUUCCAUUCUUCUCUUAAGAGCACUAUAUGUGAUCAUACGUAGACUGGUAGUUCUAUGGAAGUAUUUAAGAAAAUAAGUUCUCAACAUUUAAAAAGUAUUUCAGCAUUAAAUUUAUUAUAAAAAUUGUAUUUAAUUAUUUGAAGAAUCAGAUUUCUGUCUGCAUAAACCCUCAUUUGGGAUGAUGGCUUGUGGUGGUUUAACCUGUAAGUUUGUAAAGUCUAAAGUAGUUAAAAUUUCAGUUUAUAAUAAGCAUUCUUUUGUAAACUAUGUUUACCCUUUCCCUCUUUCGUGCAGUCUUUUCCCCUGAUCUCCCGUGGCAGAGUCCUUCUCCAGCACGGCGAGCUCGCCCAAAUACUGUUCAAGGAGGUAGGAGUUGUCAGUCGUCCUUGUCUGUCCACCAAACCAAUCUACCUCCACCUGUUCAGUGACUUGCUGCUGCUCUCCAACAAAACGGAGUAAGUGUCCAUGGGGUGACCACUAUCAGAAAACUGUGCAGGAACUUGUGGAGUACUUUUAUUGAAAGUUAAUUCCUUUCUCCAGCUAUGAUAUGGUGAGAGAUGGAAUUAAACAACUCGCCUGGGAUAAAAUUCUAAAAGUGGUGCUGUGUCCAAGGAAACCAGUGGAAUUAAUCUUUGGACUGCUCUGCUUUUAGCACUUUAUAUCAAAUUUGCUUUGUGUACAGAAACUAUAUUGUUGGCUUGUCUAAGACUGAUAUCCAUGUUAAACCUUGUUAAACUCCAUCGCUUCAGCGCUCUGAAUCUUUGUUCUCAGGAACAUAUAUUUCAUUAGAACUUUUUGGAAAUUGUCUACAAGCUCGGUAACUCUAAUCAUAGGCAUUUCUUCCAUCCAGACACGGGCGCUUUAUGGUAACUGAUUAUGCCAGCAAAGGACAAGUGCAAGCAGACAAUCUGAAAGCAAAGGCCCUGGGGCUUCCAGAUUUGGCCUUCCUGCUGCGGCUGAGCUGUAACCAUGCUGGCAUCAGCCGUGAAGUUAUCCUCAAAGCCAGCAACAAGUGAGUGAGCUGGAAUUGGAGUAAGCGGCACACACUUGUAUUGAAGGAAAUUGUACAAACUACUGUUCUGUUCUUUUGUUCUCUAGAAAAGAGAUGCAGUACUGGAUUUCUGUCAUAACUAGUCACAUGCUGAGUGAGUCAAACUGCUAA